AUGAUGCAGCAGUGGAAUGGUGGUUUGCAUCCUCAAGGAGUUCCACAGGUAGCUGUAGAUGGUAGUUUUCGAGAUUUCUUCCGCAUGAAUCCUCCGGAAUUCCAUGGUGGGUUGAAUCCUGUGAAGGCUCGAGAGUGGAUAACUGGCAUGGAAAGGAUUUUUCGGAUAGUGCAUUAUAGUGAAGAAAAUAAGGUUGUGUUUGCUUCUCACAUGAUUAAGGGUUCAACUGUGAGAUGGUGGGAGAGUGCUUCGACUCUUAUGACCAAUCAAGGAAUACCGAGAGAUUGGGAGAAUUUUAAGACAAUUUUCCUGGAUAAGUAUUUUCCUAGUUCUUUGAGGACUCAGAAAGAGUUUGAAUUUCAACAGCUCAGGCAGGGAACUGUGUCGGUAGCUGCGUAUGCUGAGAAGUUCGAAGAUAUGGCUUGGUAUUCCAGACAAGCCGCGUACGCACCUGAUGAGAGGUGGAAGAUUGAUCAGUUUCUUUUUGGUCUGAGGGGUGAAAUUUCUCAUAGUGUUUCUCAAAGGGAAUUCACUUCUUAUGCUGAACUGUUAAGACAAUGUUAUGUGGCUGAGAACAGUUUGAAGAAAGUUCAAGAAGAGAGGGAUCAAUUCAGGAGUGGGCAGAGAGACCAAGGAAGACCAGGAAGCCAAUUCAGACCUAGAUCACAGGCUUUCAAGGGAAAACAGGUGCAACAUGCAAGACCUAACCAACCUUCUCAAUGUCAAGCAUAUAAGAAGUAUCAUUUUGGAAGAUGUGAUGUACGUGGAAUUAGGUGUUUUACUUGUCAGAGAGAGGCACACAUGUCUAGGGAAUGCCCUCAGAAUAAGAAUCGGAUGCAGGGGAGGAGUACCGGUCGAGUUUAUACCUUGGAUGCAAGAAAGGCUAAGAGCAACAAUGCCUUAAUUGCUGGUACGUGUCUCGUCAACAAUCAUCCUUGA